GACAGAGGGUAAGACGUCCACGUUGACUCUCGCGCUUGUCCGCAGUUCGUCAGACGACCGCCGGCUUCACUCUUCAGGAAAAAGAUGGCCGACUUGACUCGCUUCCGCGUGUCACCCUUCAGGCUAUUCCAGAAAUUUUUAGCACCCAUCGCUCUCGGUUCGGAUGAGAUUACGGCUGGUUCUGAUGAGGCAGCAGUGGAGAUUCCGGCUUUAGUCAACUUUGAAACUCCAGACGAGGCCGCGACAGACACGCCCUCCGUCGACACCCAAGAUGAGCCGAGUAAAGACGGUGAUGAUGACGAUGAUGACGACGAUGAUGAUGAAGAUGAAUCAGAGGAGAGCGAAAGCGAAGAGGAAGAUGAGGACGACAGCUCCGAGUCUGGCGAGUCUUCAACCGUCGCCCCCGAGACGGCGACGCCCGUGAUUGUGACGGAGGAACCCCUGCUGCCCACCAUCGUCACAGACACGGAUUCAGGCCGCGGCGACAGCAUGGGAGGAUACCCCAGCGAGUACAAGAGCUACGUCUACGCCGAGGAGAAGACCUACCACAAGGCCCCUUCAUCUUACAAGUCCUACGAAUACGUCGACGCGGGGAAAAAAUCGGGCUACGACAUGCCCGUCGACAAUGAGGUGGAGAAGUCGCCGCAAGUCUACAAGAGCGAGACCUAUCAGGAGCAAACUGACAUGCUGGAAGAGGAUACCAGCACUCCCGAGAACCAGGACGCUCUCCCGGCGGAGGAGGAGGAGGAGACGACCGACGGCACAAGCGAUAGCGGAAGCUCGGCAGAUGCGGAGGAGGAAGAGCAGUCCGAACCCGAGCAGAGCAGUGAGGAGGAGACCACGGCCACACCCGGAGCCGCUGACAGCGAUUCUGACGAGAGCGACAGUCUGGAGAGUGACUCAGAUGAGCACGAGACGGCCCGUGAAACCACUGACACGCCGGUGGUCAUCACCGCCAAAUAAAUCAUCUGGAAAAUCCCGUUCGGGUUGACUUCGGGAGGCACUUCUUCCGGCGGCGACAAUCCAAAAUGCUCGUUCAGCAUCCGUUAUUGGUCGGGUUCAUCAAAUAAUUGUGAGCUUGAUGGCGUAACUUUAU